AUGGCUGACGUCCAGGAGCGCCUCAAGAAGCUUGGCCAGGCUGGCCGUAUCGGUGAGUGGACUGAUAGACUAGGGGAUUUAAUUCCUGGAGAGGGUGGCAAAGGUACUCCCCGAAGAAAGGUCAAGCGUGCGCCCGCUCGGUCUGGCGCCGACGACAAGAAGCUCCAGCAGACCCUGAAGAAGCUGAACACUCAGCCCAUCCAGGCAAUUGAGGAGGUCAACAUGUUCAAGUCGGAUGGCAAUGUCAUUCACUUCUCUGCUCCCAAGGUUCAUGCCGCUGUCCCCUCCAACACCUUCGCUAUCUACGGUAAUGGUGAGGACAAGGAACUCACUGAGCUUGUCCCCGGCAUCCUGAACCAGCUGGGCCCAGACUCUCUCGCUUCACUCCGCAAGCUCGCCGAGAGCUACCAGAACAUGCAGAAGGCCGAGAAGGGUGAGGACGACGACGAGAUCCCCGACCUCGUUGAGGGCGAGAAUUUCGAGAGCAAGGUCGAGUAA